AGAAUUCAGCCUCUUGGUUAGUUGACUUUUACAUCUUUAAGUUGUGAGAUAAUUGAACAACAAAGUAAGCAAUUGAUAAACGUAAAAUUAAUCUGAACAUCGUAGCAGUCCUCAUGUAACGUUAAUCUUCUAAAAGAGAGAGGGAGAGCAGUUCAUUCGUAUUCUUGUCCAACUACUAACAGCGCUCGUCUCUUGCCACAAUUAACCCAGCCGAAAAGCCCAUCCCACCAUGGAAAUAAGUACCUUUUCCGAACUCGUCCCACUUCUUUCCAACUUUUGGCGAACCAUCCCAACCCCGCUGCAGCUGAAGCUAGAAAGCUCCCUAACCCUCCUCAAGCAAGAUCACAAACUAAGCAAGCUUUUCUUUCUGGGCCAGCUGGAGGCACACUCGAUCAAUUAUCUGCUCGCGUUCGGCACCCCCGGAGUGGAUCUGUUUCAACAUCGAAAGUUUUACUACAGCCGUGACGGGGUCGGUUGGAUACUGCUGCUCGAGCCUGCCAGCUGGAGCGAAGAUUGGAGCCGACUUUGGAGUGAAUUUACCGGAAAUGGUAGUUUCGCGUUCAAAAUUCGUUCCCUCGCAGCGGGAAGCCCGAGCGUGAUGGUGAACGAACAGGAUCGGCUGUGGUACGUGAUGCAUGCGAUUCUGCGUGAAGCGGCCGGCGUUCCAAGGGGUGCGCUAAGAAUGUCCACCGACGGGCAGAUUGUGUUGAAUCCGUUCUUUCAAGGGUUAAACCGGGAGGAGCUGGGUGAGCUGGGUAAUUAUCAACACUUCCGGCGGCCUGAACGAUCGGCGGAAGAGAAUCUGCGUGGCAGGAAGGAGUGUAAUCUUGCGAUGGAUGUGUUUGAUCCGCUGGAGAGCGAUGUGUUGCCCGAAGGGAAAAGUUUCACGCUGCGUAUGGACGAUUCGGAUCAGCUGGCGAUGUGGAGUUCGUUGCAUUGGUUGGGGUUGGAUUUUUUCCACAAAGCGAACAGUAACGUGUUUGGAUUUCUGUACAAUGGUGAUGGGCGUAAAAAUUGGGAUCUUCCCUUUAUGGUUGAGCUGUGAAGAGUGAGAAUAAUAAACAGUUUGGAUUGUGUUUAAGAAAUAAUA